AUGGAUUUGAAUAUGAGACAACGAAGAUGGGAUGAACUGUUGAAUGAUUAUGAUUGUGAAAUCAAGUAUCACCUGGACAAAGCAAGCGUUGUGGAAAACGCAAUGAGCCACAAGGAACGCGCAAAGCCUCUAAGGGUGCGAGCCUUAGAGAUGACCACACAGACGAAUCUCGCUACUCGGAUUUGUGAAGCUCAGCAGGGAGCGCUGAGACCAGAAAACCUACGAGUAGAAUCACUGCGUGGUAUGGAAGUGAAAUUGUUACCCAAGGAAGAUGGAACACUAUACUUCAUGGAACGUCUUUGGAUUCCGUUCCGCGGAAAUUUGCGUGUGCUUAUUUCGGACAAGGCUCAUAGGUCAAGGUACUCGAUCCAUCCUGGGUCCGACAGGAUGUACCAAGACUUUUAUUGGCAGCCCAGGAUCAAAGCUGAUGUUGCUACUUAUGUGGGUAACUGUCUUACUUGUGCCAAAGUUAAGGCAGAAUACCAGAAACCAUCAGGGCUUCUGCAACAACCUGGGAAUCCCAUGUGGAAGUAG